AUGGACUUUCCGCAUGCGCAUCCUGGACCUGCCGAGGAUCAGCUAUUAGUGUUGCAGGGCGACCAUAGGUCCUCCUUUUCGCGCGCCUAUAGGCUACGGGCUUCUAUACGAUUUUUCGGAUUGGGCUCUCUCAUCACGGCCUUGGUGGAGCGGUGGAGAUCGGAGACGCAUCCUUUUCACUUGCCCACUGGAGAGGCCAUCACGCUAGAGGAUGUUCAGGUUUUGUACGGGCUGCACGUAGAUGGACGGGCUGUGGCACUGCCCCAGUACAUUAGAUCCAUGACGCGUGGACAAUAUUUGGAUAUGAUGGGGCAGUUUUCUGUUUAUAGACCUCAGGGUGACGCUGUACAGAGAGGGGGCAGUCGCGUUGCUUUGUCAGGCAUCAGAAAUCAUAUGGAGUUUUUGCACCCAGACAUUACCAGCGAGACGGAGGAUCUCCAUAUUGAAAGGUACACGCGGUUGGCGCUGCUCCUGCUUUUCGAGUGUGUCUUGUUCCCGAACACUUCGGGGAGUCUAGUGAGUAUGCGUUCUCUCCAUCAUCUUCAGCAGCUGGAUGAUUUACCCUUGUACAACUGGGGUGCUGCUGUUCUCGCAUACCUGUGA